CCCAAUCUUUGACGUCACAGGAACCGGACUGGUACCGGAUCGUUAUCUUUAUCCAACCGCAUUACUAAGUGAACCAAAACGUGUCGCUAAGAAGCGCCCUGCCUGCAUAUUUCAGUCUGCCGCACCUCUCUUGUUAUCGCACAGCUGUCAGCGAACUGUCAGCUCUGAGUAUGCCACCUUGAUCUCGGUAACACGGUGUAAAGCUGACCCAGCAGACAUGGCGGCCCGGUAGACGACCCGGUUAGCUUAAUCUCGCUGAGCUCCUCUUUUAUCCAGGUGUGCUGUUGGUAGAAACAUGGAGAAACCAUCUUCUUCUGACAGAGCAGAGCUCAAUGAGGGCACAGCCCUGGUGGAGGAUGGUGAAUUGCCUCAAGGUGCUGAAGGUGGAAAGGUAGAUCCUCGGACACUGAGGAAGAGAAGCUCCUCCCGUAAGAGUUUCCGCCUGGACUACCGACUCGAGGAGGAGGUGACAAAGUCCUGUCGGGACAAACAUGGGCGCUGGACCAACCCCUGGCCAACAUGGCGCUUCCCAUCCUACUCCAUGCUCUUCAGGUUUAUGGUUCUGGACAAAAAUCACAGCAAUGUGCCAACUAGCACAGAGGUUCUUGACAGUGAGCUCCCUGUAAUGGAGCCUUACUUUGUCCAAAACCCACAAGUGUUGGACUCUCAUGCUGGUAUGAGGGUAACCUGGCUGGGCCACGCUACAGUUCUGGUUGAAAUGGAGGGGGUUAAUAUUCUAACAGACCCGAUUUUUAGCCAGAGAGCAUCGCCAGUCCAGUUCAUGGGGCCCAAAAGGUACAGAGGACCCCCCUGCACAGUAGAACAGCUGCCAAGGAUAGAUGCAGUCGUCAUCAGCCACUCUCAUUAUGAUCACCUGGAUGCUGGAUCUGUUAGCAGCCUAAAUGCACGCUUUGGAGCAGAGCUACGCUGGUUCGUGCCUCUGGGUUUGAUGGACUGGCUCACCAAGAUGGGCUGUGAGAACGUGAUGGAGCUUGACUGGUGGGAGGAGAACUGCGUCCCAGGUCAUGACAACGUCACAUUUGUCUGCACACCCUCUCAGCACUGGAGCAAGCGGACAGCGUGGGAUGAUAACACGUCUUUAUGGGGAAGCUGGUCUGUUUUGGGUCCCAACCAUCGAUUUUUCUUCGCCGGUGACACAGGCUACUGCUCAUCUUUCCAGGAGAUCGGACGUCGCUUUGGGCCAUUCGACCUAGCAGCGAUUCCAAUUGGGGCAUACCGACCCAGGGAUGUGAUGCAGGGGCAGCAUGUGGAUCCAGAGGAGGCUGUUCAAAUUCAUCAGGACCUUCAGGCUAAACAGUCUGUCGCCAUACACUGGGGGACCUUCGCCCUUGCCUACGAGUAUUACCUGGAGCCUCCAGUUCGUCUCAGAGAGGCCUUGAAACAGAAGGGACUGAAACCAGAAUCGUUCUUCACUUUGCAUCACGGGGAGUCUCGGCUCAUAGCUUCAGAGGACAGGGACGUCUUUGAAUGAUGUGUCUCCAUCUGUCUUUGGACUAAAUCUGUAAAAAGAAACAAGACUGAUGAUGACAGCUCCACCUAAAUAAAAAUGAAUGUUUUAUGGUGCACAUAUCAA